GAGGAGUCCCCCCGCGGAACCAUGGGAUCAUCAACGCUGGGGAAGGCAGCCCCCCUCAACACGCUACUGGAUGCCUGCAUCCAGGCUUUUGAUGACAAUGGUGAGUUGCAGUCCAACCAGCUCCCUCGCACCCUGCUGCUGAUGCACCGCUGGUAUGUCACGUCCAAAGAGCUGGCUGGGAAGCUGCUCAUGAUAUACCGUGACUGCCAGGGAGAUGAGUGCCAAAGAACGAGACUGAAGAUCUGCUAUUUAAUGAGGUAUUGGAUUACGGUGUUCCCUGCAGAGUUUAAUCUGGACCUGGGCCUUAUCCGCCUCACUGAGGAGUUCAGAGACGUGGCGGCUCAGCUGGGCUGUGAGGAACACUUCAAACUCAUUGACAUCUCCACCAUUCCAUCAUAUGACUGGAUGAGAAAGCUGACCCAGAGGAAGAAGCAGGCCAAGAAGGGCAAAGCCUCACUCCUAUUUGACCACCUAGAGCCCAUGGAGCUGGCUGAACACCUCACGUUCCUGGAGUACAAGUCCAUCAGGAGGAUAUCAUUCACAGACUACCAAAGCUAUGUAAUGCACGGAUGUCUGGUGGACAACCCAACGCUGGAGCGCUCCAUCGCCCUGUUCAACGGAGUCUCCCAGUGGGUUCAGCUCAUGGUGCUCAGUAAGCUGACACCCCAACACCGUGCUGAGGUCAUCACCAAAUACAUCAACGUGGCCCAGAAACUCCUCCAACUGCAGAACUUUAAUACGCUGAUGGCUGUGGUGGGAGGUCUGAGUCACAGCUCCAUCUCUCGUCUGAAGGAGACUCACUCGCAUCUGGCUCCCGAGGUCACCAAGAUCUGGAAUGAGAUGACGGAGCUGGUCUCCUCCAAUGGGAACUACUGUGCUUACCGCAAGGCGUUCACAGACUCCGAAGGCUUCAAGGUCCCCAUCCUGGGAGUCCACCUGAAGGACCUGAUCGCCGUGCACGUGGUCUUCUCCGACUGGGUGGAUGACGACAAGGUGAACAUCGUAAAGAUGCACCAGCUCUACCUCACCUUCAACGAGCUGGUGUCCCUGCAGAGUGCCGCAGCCCAGGUGGAGCCCAACAUGGACCUCAUCUACCUGCUCACCCUCUCUCUAGACCUGUACUACACCGAAGAUGAAAUAUAUGAGCUAUCCUUACUAAGGGAACCACGUAACCCAAAGUCUUUGCCUACCUCUCCGACAACCCCCAACAAGCCAAUGGCCCCUCUGGACUGGGCGUCAGGUGUGACAACCAAACCUGACCCCAAUGUGGUGAACAAGCACAUCAGGAAGGUGGUGGAUUCUGUAUUCAGGAACUACGACCAUGACCAUGAUGGCUACAUCUCUCAGGAGGACUUUGAGAGUAUUGCUGCCAACUUUCCUUUCUUGGACUCCUUCUGUGUGUUGGACAAGGACCAGGAUGGUCUGAUUAGUAAGGAUGAGAUGAUGGCUUACUUCCUGAGGGCCAACCCCUUGCUCCAGUAUAAAAUGGGCCCUGGCUUUAUCCACAACUUUACAGAGAUGACGUAUCUGAAGCCCACCUUCUGCGAGCACUGUGCUGGAUUCCUCUGGGGAAUAAUCAAACAGGGAUACAAGUGUAAGGAUUGUGGGGUGAACUGCCAUAAGCAGUGCAGGGAGCUGUUGGUACUGGCCUGUAGGAAGCUGCCACGCUCCACCUCUCUGCGAAGUGUCUCACCUGGGGGCUUGACCCACAGCUCUCUACCCAGCAGCCCCACCAUGCCCACCUGCAAAGAUGAGGACGAAGUGUUUGAGUUCCCCUCGGUGACACCUGGCGGUUCUGACCUGGAGCAUAAGUCAAUCACCCUGAUGACUGGCUCGGCCCAGCGGAUCUCUGUGCGUCUGCAACGGGCCACCACCAGCCAGGCCACACAGACAGAGCCUCUGUGGCCAGAGCACACGUGGGGUGCUGGGGACGGGAGCUCCCACACCUUCCCCAAGAUGAGAUACCGACCACACAGGAAGGCCUCCAAGAGCAAAGGCUUUGCCCGCUGGGAGAAUGAGGCCCAGGGGCAGCCCAGGGGUCGACGGGAUUCCCAGGAGCAGACGGAUGGACCUGCAGAGGUGGUACAGAACGGGAUAACACCACACAGAGAGAAGGUGAUUGCAGCUAAGAACAGCUGACAUGGCGACACCGAGGGCCGGACCCAGGGCCCCAGGAGGUCCUCGGCAGCCCGCAUCAUGAAGCUGUCCUUACUGGGGGAAGUACUUGGCUGCUUGAGGCCCCCAUUUGGUGACCUGGAGUAGGACGGACCUCCUCUGACCUAGACGGACAUGUCUUCAGUGAACCACAUGUGAAUAGUGAUGCUGAAUCCCAAACCAGUCUCUUCCCAGGUCCUUUCACCUUCCCUCACACCAAGCAGGUUGGUUCGGGCAAAGGGCUGGUUUGGGAUUCACCAUGAGAGUUCACAUGCCAUAAGAGCGUGAAGGGGAGUGAGAGGAUGUGGGUGGUGGACCUGAAAAAGCCCUUGUUUGGUAGGGUACAGACACUCCUGAAUGCUCCCUAGCUCUACACACCUGCCUUUCCACCCCAUCAGUGUCAUGGGAAAAGGAUCCUGGACUACCUAUAAGUGAUUUAGGUUUGUUGGGGCUCAAACGGGGCUCACCAGUGUUUGACAGAUUGAUCGGGUGUCCACCUGUGCCUGUAUGAAUGUCGGAGCAUGUACAUGCUUACUAUUUACAGUGUGUGUGGUCUGUUGUGCACAUACACUAUAUGUGAUAUCUACUGUUGAUUCGCUGAAGAAAUCAUUAAGGGCAUGUAUAAUACCAUGAAAUGAAGUUAUUUGGGUCACGUGACUAAGUUGCAAUAACGUUUUGAGAACAUAGUGAACGUUUUAUAAUGGACUCGGAGAAGGAUGCAAAGUGAGAAUGCAAUUGGAGAUGGGAGAAUGCAUACAUGGAUCGAGAUGUAAAGCAAUAGAAAGUUAAAGAUGAAGUGAGUGAUGAGGGAAACAGAGGCAGGUACAUUGUUUCUAAAGGUAAGUUUAUUGUAACAUGACUACUGAUGAUCAUUUAUGUGCCAGUUCUGUAUCUUACUCUGGAAUCCAAGAAAUGGUACUUGCUGUGUGAGCAUGAGAUAAAGAACAAUAUAACCACUUGAGACUUGUUUUAUAAAUCAAGGAAUAGUUGUGUCUUUUGGUUAGUCAAGAAAGCUUUAUUGUUUUCCACCUUAUUAUUUUAAAGGGAUUUGAACUCAAAAGAUGAAAUCUAGUCUUUGUAAUAUGUGCCCACUCAGGACAAUAAGGUGAACUAUGUAUACUGUACACAUAUUUAUGGGUUUAGGCAUGUGAUUUUUCAUACAGUCAUGCGAUACUAGUGAAGCUGGUCAGUGGUCAACCUAUUCUGGAUUUUUCAAAGCAAUGCAGGUUAAAUAUGUGAAUAUGGGUCAACGUUGUUGUCUCACUGUCCACACAAGCCAUUGAGUGACCUUUGACCUUUUUUAAUCAGCUGAAGGAUCAAGCCUGUUGCCUUCAGGCAGAGGUAAUGGAAUCUCCACUAAGCCCUCAGUCAGUGGAGCACUGAUUACUAACUUGCUUACAGUGGCACCAGAUGUGAGCCCAGGUGCUCAUUGUGUUGUGGUUGCCAGGCAUCAGUUGAGUGAGCAGGUCAGUUCCUCCAUCACCAAGGAUACAGCAGGUUACGUAAGAGGAGAUUUUAUUUUCAUCUGUAGAGAGACUGCUUGCAGGGACUCCACCCCCUUCAGGAUAGGGAGAACUAGGUAUGGGCAGGUGAGUUGGACAUGGAUCUCUGUAGAGACAAUAGGGUCUGACCUUUUGUUCGACACAGUAGGACAGAGACAAGAACAGGGCCUCAGGGUCAGAGCACUCCGUGUUGGAGAAGGGGCAUGGGGAAAAGAUAGUGUAUAUUAGCAAGAGAUAUCCAACGCCACAUAUACAAGAGUUAAGGGAUGGAAAUUAUUCAGUGCUUAGUGAGUCAGAGCAAUAUCACUCUCUUUGCUACUGGACCACUCAUGGAUAAUGUGGUGUUCCUGCAAAGUCUUAAACACACAAUAUCCUCAUACCUGGCUGAAAUCAAAGACAGAAAAGUGUUCUGAUGCCACAGAGGUUAUUUUCUAAAUGGCUGAGCUGCUUUUAGAGUACAUUGGUCUGCUUGAGUUCUCAUUGAUCUUGGUGCCAGAUCCUACAAACAGUAGCUCUAUUGGAGCUGUUGGGUAUUGAGAACAUACAGUACAAGUGCAUGUAUAAUAUUACACUAAUGAAGACCAAUAAUCUGAUCUUUGAAGGUUCUGAAGUCCCUGCUUGUCUCACACUCACAUACAGGUGUUACCACACUUGACAUCAAAUGGCUUUAUUGUUUGUUUUGAAAACGGUUGAGUUAUCAUGUUGAUAAGGGAUAUUAAGGCAGUGGCAACUUCACUUCUGCCACGAUAUACUUUUUGUUGUUGUAAAUGGGACACAUUCCAACAAGACUUUAUAUUUUUUCAGUCAGAUUAUUGUCAACAAUAUUGAUGACACUAUUAUCAACAUUAUUAUCAUGAACUGGUCUACUUGAGAAAAGUGUGUUAUCUCACUUGAUUGUGUUUCAUCUAUUUUAUUUUCAUUCUAUCUAUUUGUAUUGUUUAUGGAGAGAAUUAUGUAGCAUUGUUUAUUUUGUCAUUGUGUGCCAAUGUUAUUUUAUUUGUUGAUGAGUGGCAAAUUGAUACACAUUUUGAUAAUGUACAGUAUUAAACAGAUUUUUCAGCA